GUCGAGUCGGGAGGACGUGUCGUCCCCGGGACCCGCGCGGUUUGUGUCUGUGUUUGUGUGAACGUAACAUAACCUGGCCUUUUUCGUCUACAGAAAUUCAAAUUCGGAAUGACAUAGAACACCGCGGUUCCAUAUUCGAAAAAUUUAGACCACGAAUAUUUUUUAAUAGUUCAUUCGACCUUUGUGCAAAAAAGUUUUUAGUCGAUUGGAAAAAGGUUGUAAAAUUUUCGAAAAUGCUUCGUUACUGGUUGUGUUUUGCAAGUGCAGUGUGUUUGGCGGGGCAUUGUGGGGCUAAUUAUUGUAGGGACGCUAACCUGUGCUGUCCGGGGCGUGAUAGUUCGUGUGUGAUACAGAAGGCUCACCAAAACGCCAUAAUUGAAGACUUGACUGACAAGCCGUGUUACUGCGACCACGCCUGUUUGAAACUCGGUGACUGCUGUCCUGAUUUCCGAGAAACUUGUGGAGUAAUCGACUGCGUGGUAUCUGGCUGGGGGCCAUGGUCGGACUGCGACACCAACUGUGGGUCUGGCAGCAUGGUGCGCAGCCGCCGCGUGGUACAGGCGCCUGCGCACGGUGGCAGACACUGCCCCUCAUUGGUGCAGCGACGAGCGUGCCAGGAACACACAGGGUGCUCUGCGGAUAGCGAUGUGCCCUUGAGAGAUGAGACUGCAAUGCUGUUACCUGGUGGUUUGUCAGUGAGCCGCCAUUCAAACGAGACCGUUGACAUCCGCAAGAACCUGCGCCUACGCAACCCCGAUGACCCUGAAUCUAACUCGCAUAGAGAAUACUGCGCUCAGUUCGAGGUCACCAAGGUGUCCAAGGCCUGCCACACGGACUCCGACUACAAGGCGUUAAGAGAAGGAGCGACGGUUUGCGUACUCUGUGAGACAGCAGCUCUACGACGAGAUUUAAAAUGGCGCUGCAGUGGGCAUGGCGUACCCGGCCACGCGACCCGCUUCUACGCCCUAGUAGCACCCCACUGCCACGGAAAAUGGGUGAAAGCGGCCCAGAACCCUGACAAAAGAAGCGAUUGCUGCACCAAUCCCGACUUUAUAUUCGUAUAAACGCUUUAUAAGUUGUAAAAUUUCCAAUAACAGGAAUUAUCUGUACUUUA